AUGGAUCUCUGGAGACGCGACGACGAAGGCUGUGUGUCUGACAACGACUAUAACGGGGAACAUUGGGGAGCACGGAUCAGCGCUGUCUUCGUUGUUCUGGUGGCUUCCGCAUUUGGAGCAUACUUCCCAAUUCUGUCAUCUCGAUAUUCCUUUAUUAGACUUCCCUCAUGGUGUUUCUUUAUUGCAAAAUACUUUGGGUCUGGCGUGAUCGUGGCCACCUCGCUGAUACAUCUUCUAGAGCCAGCCAGCGACGCUUUGGGAAAUGAGUGUUUGGGAUACCCGUUCACUGCCUACCCGUUGGCUUUUGGCAUCUGCCUGAUCACCUUGAUGGUGAUGUUUUUCGCAGAACUUAUGGCUUACAAAUGGAUGGAAGCAAACGUCGAAGAUAUGAACGGUGGCCAUGAGCACAACCACUCUCACUUCGGCGAGACUGACCUCUUUGUGAAGAAGACCAACGACGACGAUGUGAAGAGCGACCUCGAGCCAGAGUACGAGAGAGGGGCCCAUGCGCCUCCUAGUGCGGCUCAGAACGGCAACAACACUGCUAUCUUGGACAUGUCUCCACGCCAUUACCAGCACGCCAAGGAGCAUCAAGACCCAGAGGCAGUUGGCACCCUUGCCCAGGACCAGGACAAGGAAUACUACCUUGGACAGCUGUUCAACGUUUUCGUUCUGGAGUUUGGUGUCGUCUUCCACUCCGUCUUUGUUGGUCUGACUCUGGCCGUGUCUGGUGAUGAGUUUGUUAACCUCUACAUCGUUGUUGUCUUCCACCAGCUGUUUGAGGGACUGGGUCUUGGAAGCAGAAUUGCCAUGGUCAAUUGGGACAAGAAAAGAAACCUCACUCCGUGGCUGCUUGCUGGUGCGUAUGGUCUUUGCACCCCAAUUGCCAUUGCUAUUGGUCUUGGAGUGCGCAAGUCAUACCCACCCAACUCCCGUAGAGCUCUCAUAACCAACGGUGUGUUCGACUCGAUUUCGGCAGGAAUUUUGCUUUACACUGGUCUCAUAGAGCUGAUGGCCCACGAAUUCCUCUUCAGCGACGAGUUCCGAGGCAGAAAAAACAUUAAGAAGAUGGUUCUCGCUUACGUGAUCAUGUGCACUGGAGCGGGACUCAUGGCAUUGCUCGGCAAAUGGGCAUAA